CACAAGGAUCACACACUGAAGUGGAAGAUGUUGGUGUGUCCAGAUGCUGUCCACUUGUCUGCAAAAUCCCAGAUCCUACAACUUAUUAGCAAAGCAAUUAUGCAAAAUUACAGCAAGCUUGAAGAAAAGCAGUUGGCAAAAUGAGAGGAAAUUAAGGAAACGGCGUGGAGUUGUUGGGCUGAAGGGCCUGUUUCCACACUGAAACACCUGGAAAAGAAGAAUGGCUCGGAGAAUGAGAAGAAAAUUGCCAACCUCACAAAAAAAAUCAGGAAAAUUGGAGCAUGUGCUGAAGAGUUUCACCACUACAGCUGGGAUUCUUGGGGACAUUUGGGCUCAGUAUGAAGGGAUUGUUGGAUUAAGUGGAUAAAUGCUUUGGAAAGAUUGGUCAUCUUUUCCAACAUACUUUCCUUCAGUUCAUUGAAUGUAAUGAAACGUGGGCUAAAGGGAAUGGUGGAAGUAUUUUUAAAAAUGAGAACAACUGGACUCUCAUUUGGCUUCUCAAACAACCACAACGUCAACAUGCCAGCUGAGCCAAAUUGUCUCUAAACUGUCUCCCAUAGAAGCUUAGCUACUGCAGCCUGCAACCUACCCUCAACAGGUUUGCAUGUUCAAUAAUUAGCCAGCCACAUGUAUUAAGACUUCCCACAGCAGGAGUUGCAGGCUUCCACCAGUUAUCACAACAAGGAGUCACCUCGAUGAUUAUCUUGUUUUACAUUAAAGUAAUUAUCUUUAUUUUCAAAGCAACCUCAGGAUUUGUGUUAUCAGAAUGUAAUUGAGAUGUCUGACUAGUUGUUCUUCGACCAGGAUGAAGGGAUUAUAGAACAAUGUAACAAAGAAGAUCAGUGUGUUCUGUGACAAUGAUAGGAGAAAUUCAGCAAGGUGGUUGUAUGGCCCUUGUUUCUCAUGCUUUCUGCAUCCUACAGCUUCCUCAUUUGAUGCCAACCACUGCUGCACCUCUUCACCAAUGUGAAUUUUUUCCCUAUAACACUCUAUCUGCCCCAUGUAAAUGAGGCAAUGGAGAGGGAGCUGACCAAUGUAUUGCAAAGAAGGCACAAGUUAUAAAUUGAGAAAAGACAAAUGGGCAUUGUUGAUCAGAAAAUUACAUUCAUCACUACUCAUUUACAUUAAAUAUGAAAACAUCAAUAGGCACCAUCCUUGGCUGGCUUGUUUUUGGAUAUCAUUUUCCACAUUAUUUUGCUUUAAUGUUGCAAAUUAUUAGAUCUUGAGGAGCGUUUCUUAUAAUGUUUUCUACUGCAGUACCUCAUUUGACACAAUGUAUGCCAUUUUAGCAUAACCUCACCCUCUCUGAUGUAAGGCCAUUCCAGUCUUCCAAGUUGCAGUCCUUCCCAGUUGCACUGCUGCCCGUGAUCUGAAGCAGAGACCCACCAACCUAGUCAUAAGUCCCCAGAUUGCCUGCCAGUGUGGUCGCUGCCACAACCGUGACCUGACAACAUCCUCCUGGAUGCUGCCAUUGCCAACAGGAUGAGCCUGGAUACAGCCGAGCUGUCCCUCUCAUCCACAUGGUGCCUGUGAACCCAUCUUCCCCCAAUCCAUCAGAUGUCAACAAGACUGAAUUGAGCAGCACGAUCUCACCUCCCAAAUACCCACAGGACACCAAUAUGAAAGCUCAGCAGUAGUCCCAGCCCAAGGCAACAAUUAAAACAGAGGGGCCUCUGCAGCCAAAAGGAGCACUCCUACCAAAUAGUGGAUCGACAGACACUGCUGACACUCCAUCACCGGGCAGCAGUCACAAUGCAGCCGGAAACAAGGGAUGACCACAUUCCAUGUCUCAGAGGCCAGUGAGUGAGGGCUACACAAAGCAGACCUCUUACGGUGGGCCAUUGGAGUCUACAUCAUUGCAUCACUAUGAGAGGCACUCCGCUCCGUCCGAAGAAAGCCUCGUCAUCCGGAACGGGUAAUGUUUCUGUGCCUGUCUGUGAUAUUGUUGCUGUUUGUGAAACUGAAGAAGAUGGAAUAGGUAAAGAAAGUGGAAGAUGGCAGAAGAUGCCUUCAUUUUCUACUGAGCUAACGUUGCAUGCAUUUACAGUGUAUCAUGUGCAGAGAUCACAACAACACCAUUGGGAGUGCAAUGAAGUGACCUUUCAUUGCAGUGACCAUUUACUCUGUAACCAGUGGAUAAAAGCUCUUAAAGAACAGUUGGAUUUACAAGCUAUGCGACCAAAGCAUUUAAUUGUAUUCAUUAAUCCUUUCGGAGGGAAACGAUUGGGAAAGCAAAUAUAUGAUGAUAAAGUAGCCCCUCUCUUUCGAUUGGCUUGCAUUACUGCAGAUGUGAUCGUAACUGAACGAGCUAAUCAUGCUCGCGAUCAUUUGAUAGAAGCUGAUUUGGAGAAGUAUGAUGGGAUUGUUUCUGUUGGUGGUGAUGGAAUGUUCAGUGAGGUAAUGCAUGGACUGAUCAGUCGAACACAGAAGAAUUCGGGCAUUGAUGAAAAUUAUCCCACUGCUGAACUAGUUCCAUGUGACUUGAGGAUUGGAAUUAUCCCAGCAGGUUCAACAGACUGCAUAUGCUAUGCAACAGUUGGAACAAAUGACCCAAUCACAUCAGCUUUGCACAUUAUUAUAGGUGACUCUCAACCUAUUGACGUCAGUUCAGUUCAUCAUAAACACAUGUUUUUGAAGUAUUCAGUAUCUUUAUUAGGAUAUGGAUUUUAUGGUGAUACGUUGGUUGACAGUGAAAAGAAUCGUUGGAUGGGUCCAUCAAGAUACAAUUUUUCAGGUUUUAAGACCUUUCUAUCACACCACUGCUAUGAGGGGGCAGUUUCUUUUUUACCUGCUAUUGAAACACCUGGCAGUCCAAGAGAUCCAAAGCCGUGUACAGCUGGGUGUCAUAUUUGCAAAUAUAGCGGAGAUCAGUUGAAAGUAUCACAAAAAGCAAGGAAGCUCAAAUGUAUUGAUGAAGAACAGCAACAAUGGAAAGUGGUUAAAGGAAAAUUUCUGGCUAUAAAUUCAACGAAUAUGAGUUGUGCAUGUCCAAAAUCUCCCAAGGGUCUUUCACCAGCAGCGCACUUGGCUGAUGGAACCAUUGAUCUAAUUUUAGUCCACAAGUGUUCGAGACUGAAUUUCCUGAGACAUCUUAUCAGGCACACAAAUAAUGAUGACCAGUUUGACCAUACAUUUGUCGAGGUUCACCGAGUGAAGGAAUUCAAAUUUACACCCAAGUAUUGUGAUGAGGAGGACACUGAUAUCCAGGAUGUUGGUAAAAAUCUCUUUGGUCAGAUAUGUAGAGAUCAUCCCAGUUGCAGCUGUGCACAGCAUCAAAGCAGUUGGAACUGUGAUGGAGAAAUAAUUAAGCAUGCUGCUAUUGAAGUAAGGGUUCACUGCCAGCUAUUGAAGCUUUUUGUAAGAGGGAUAGAGAAAUAGAAGAACCUUCUAUGCAGACGAACAUUAGAAAUUCAUUUGUAAUUUAAUCAGCUUCCAAAUUAUCUCAGGACUCCACAAUCCAUUUAUAUAGAAGUUUAAAAUAGAGUAUUUAAGCUUUAAAACUUAUUGUAUAAGCUUGUGAUUCUAAAUUAAUUUACAUUAUUCAAUGUAGCCAGUAAUAUUUAUUACACAAAGUGUAAGCCUUAGAAGAAACAAGAAAUAACUAAUUUACUAUGGAGUUUCAGGAUUUCAAUUAUUUGGUUUUUAACUUAAGAAUUACGUUUGAAGUGGAGAAUUGAAGUUUAAGAUACAGUAUUUCAGGUCUAAAAGACCGAUUAAGAAUGCCAUUGAUGUGUUGCAAGAAACUCUGUUUUGUGAAUUAGCAUAAUUUUUUAAAAAUACAUUCUUUAGAAAGUGGUGCAGAGUUUCGGAGCACUUAUAAUCCUGUGCCUCAUAUUAAAUUGGAGUAGUGGGAGUACGGAUUUACUGACUGGUACCUAAAAUUUAGACUGCAAAUUUCAUUAUCUGUUACCUGGCACAUGAUUCACGUACCUUUUUGUAACUGAAUUCUUUGAACUAAACUAGAUUUUUUUGCAAUUUAUUUUAUUGCACCUUGCAACUUACCAAUGCAAACUGAUUGUACUUCUAAACAAAAGUACAAAAAAGUUAUAGUUUGAGAAUAAUUCUUUAUUUUAAUAACUGUUCGAAAAAUAUAUAUAAAUGCUGACUUGUUAAGUAUUUUGAGUUUGUACAUAACAAAUAGAAAUAUAUAUUUAUUGUUGUACAUGAAGCUAGCUUUUGUUUAGCUUAGUUUGUGUUCACUAUGUGAAUUGUAUGUAGGUAGUGUGUUUAUGCACUAAUAGAUUAUAUCUUAAUGAACUAAAUGCAGCAGUCACCAAUUUUCUUCUGUAUUUUACAGUCCUAACGUAUGAAUAUUCAAUAGUUUUCUACAGAUGGCAAUAGAGUUGCUUCCUGCACUGAUGCUGUAGAUCUCUGUUUCUCCAACUAAAUAUUAAUGUUUUGGUUAAGUGACUUGUGUUCAUUUCAGAAUUAUUUGUCUGGAUGUUUUUGCAUGUUUUUCAAUAUGUAGUUCUCUGUAUUUUCCUUCACAUUCCUUUGAAUUGUACCUAGCAAAUGUAAAGAACUGGAAUGAAUAUCAUUCACAGUCUUUGCAACAGAUUAGAAUGUGACCUGUUCUAAUUGCUUGUGCCACAUAGCAUUCCCUGAUUUGAUGUAAACAGUGUUUAAAACUGUCAUGUUCCAGGACUGAGGGGCUAUCUUUCCUGGUGAUUGACUCACCAGGCCGUUUCUAAUGACGUUUUAGACCGAAUAACCGUGAUAAUGUUGUCUGUUGUGGAACAAAAUAUUAAAAUUGUUUGUAUGUGA